GUCCCCGGAGUGGAUGUGUAUUGACCAGAUUCGGAGACUAUAUCAAUAUAAGUUUAUUGAACUAUUUCCAGCGCCAAUGUUGACAUGUGAUCAUGCUUCAAAGAAAUCAAUUUGCAGAAAUUAAAAAUCUGGAGACAGAAGAAAAUAUUUAAUUAUAAUCAACUGGAAUGAACUUGACAGUGGUAUUGCCUGUAGCGAUUAGUUAAAUUUACUUGUGAUCAUGCCUCCUCAAUCAAUGAUGGACCAUACUAUUAAUCUCCUACCUACGCAAUGUACCGAAGUUUCGCAGGCUGCACGGGUCAAAUGUGUGUUACUUGGGGACGGUGCAGUGGGGAAAACAAGCCUAGUGGUCAGUUAUACCACAAACGGAUACCCUACCGAAUACACCCCCACCGCCUUCGAUAAUUUCUCUGUUGAGGUGAAGGUUGAUCAGACCCCAGUUCAUCUACAGCUGUGUGAUACAGCAGGACAGGAUGAUUUCGAUUCCCUGCGCCCACUGUGUUACCCAGGGACAGAUGUAUUUCUCCUGUGCUUCAGUGUUGUGACUCCCACAUCUUUUCACAAUGUGGCAGAGAAAUGGGUACCAGAAAUUCGCAAACAUUGUCCCAAAGCUCCUAUAGUUCUAGUCGGCACACAGUGUGAUCUUCGAAAUGAUGUGAAAGUGUUGAUCGAACUCGCUCACUACAAAGAGGAGCCUGUGCCCGUUGAAGAGGCACAGAGGAUGGCAGAGAACAUUGGAGCAACAUAUAUAGAAUGCUCAGCUCUCACCCAGAAAAACUUGAAGGAAGUGUUUGACACCGCCCUUCUCAGUGCUCUUAAAUUAACUGACCCUUUAAAAAGAAACAAAUCAACUCGCCAAUCCAAAAAAGGGUCAAAGAAAACAGAAACCCUAACACCAAAGAGAACAGAUGGUGGUCCACAGCACAAGAAAGGAGGAUGGAAGAAAUUUUGCUGCUUUCUAUGACCCAGGUUCCCUCCAUCCAAAAUCAUCCAAUCACAGCUCAGUUCACUGAAACUUCAUCCAACCAUUCAUCUUUCAGAUUACUUAAAGUGUCAUCCAAUCACUGCUCAUUGUCAUAUACCUUGCAUCCAAGUUCCAGAAUCUACAUCAAAGCAUACAUUAUAUUUCAUGUAGUUCAAAAGCAGUUGAAUGCCCUUAAUAAAAAUUAUUGAAUUGUAAAAUGUUUGAAUGAUUGUAAAUUCUGAUACAAUAUUAUUUUUUGUUUCUUUUGAUAACCAAUUUUUUUUUUACUAAAAAAAAAGUUGUUUCCCUAGAGAUUUUAAUUUGAGAUUUCAAAAAAAUUCUGUCUUUAUACAUAUCAGUGUUUGAUAGAUUAUAGAUAUGUCAAUCAUUUAUCCAUUUAAUUUAUUUUGUGAAUAAGUUUUUUUUUAUGCCUGAGUUGAGGGAAUGAGUAUUUUCAAAUGCAGAGGAUUAAUGUCUGUGAUGAAAGGAUUAGAGAUUAUUGUGUAUUCAUGCAUAGAUUUCAAUGUGCAAUUUAAAGUGAACACUAGUUCCAAAGAGCUUCUCAUGGGAAUACUUUGUUUGCUUCCAUUUUUUUUUUUUUUUUUUUUGCACUGCUUUAAGAAAAGGAAUGUCACUGCAGGCCUAAAACAGAGAGAAAAUCUGGGUCACCUUAGAAAUCAUUAUUCAAUCUGCUAGGUCACAAAACAAUAACUUCAGUUGCUUUGGGACUUCAAACCUUCCAUGUUUUUCAAUAAGACGGUCAUGAGAACUUGAUAUCCGCAUUAUGACAAGUUUUAGCAUUUUGUAAACUAAGAAAGAAAUCGUGGGAAAGGGUUUUCAGUUUUUGGUGCUUUUUUUCUGUUUUCCUUAUUUUUGGAACAUAUUUUUUUUCAUCACAAGGAAGAUAAAAACAGAUGACGCUUCAAUGGGAUAACAUUGUUUGGUCACGGCCAAGCAGACAAUUGGAUCAUAGUGGUGGAUAUCAUUUCAAAUCUAGAGUUUUUUUUUUCUACCCAGAAGUGUAAAUUGCUGGAUUUGAGAUAGUAUUGUGAAAACUUCCCACUCCCAUGAUUCAAGAUAAUGACUGAUUUUUUAAACUGACAGAUUUUCAUCAAAAAGUAGUUCAAUGAACAUUUUCGUACAAUAUGCAAAACUAAAAAAACACUUGUAAAGUAAUGUCGGUUAAAAAAGAUCAUGGUUGCACCUUUAUGAAGAAUAAUAAGAUCAUAAUCAAACUAGACAUCUUUGCAAGAUAAAGCAAUAUGAUAUGUUAUGAAAUUCUUGGGUCUAACUUGAUCGGUUUCAUUGUAGUGGUAUCUAACUUCGAGACUGUAGUUCUUCUCGUGAUGAGAUGUACUUUUCAGAAGAGUUUUAUCUGAUCUUUACUAGUCAUAACCCCCUUUUUGGUAUUCAUAUAUACUGCCUUGGAUAGAAAUCUUAUAUGUGUAGGACGUUGUCAGAUUUUUGACAUAACUGAUGAAAAAAAAUGCCUUUUUUUUGAAGGGUGAAGGUGCUCAGAAUUAAUGUUUAAUUCAUUAUUAAUGACAACUGGAAAUUACCAUGGCAAUUCUGUAUGGAAACAAAUAAACUUGUCCUGUUGUUUGUCAGACAAUGAGAAUUCCAAAUCACUGUGUUUAUGUUGCGUCAAGAUACGAAAACAAGAUUUAUUGUAUAACGUACAUGUUCUUUUCUUUAUCUGCAUAGUCGGAUGUCAGUGUUUUUUUCAGGUCACUUGAUCAUAAUGAUAGAUUGGUGCUCUAUCUUUGUCAACGGGAGACCAACACAUGGUAGAAUUUGCCAGUAGAUCCCUGUUUUUAUGUGCAUCGUGGUUCUGUUUAUGUGGUGGCAAUACCUGUGGUUCUGUUUAUAUGUGGUCAGACACCCAUCUUUAAUCAUGAGAAUUCUCGGAGAUAUUGCAUGUUUGAUACUAAUCUUUAACAUUCAUCAGACCAAAGCAUUAUUUCGUUCCCUUUUGUUAUUUUCUCAUAUGUCUGCUUGUAGGGUUUUUCUGGUUUUAAUCUCUCUCUUUUUUUUCUAUGGAUAUUUGUCAGAGAAAAAAAAAUCAUACUUUUUUUUUUUUUAAAUAUUGCCUUUAAGGUGACAUGAACACCAUUUAAAUUCUUCUGUAUUAUGAAGAUCAUUUCUACUGUAAAAAAUUUGUCUUCAGUGUUAGAUCAAGAGAAAAAUUGUAGGGGAGAUAAAAAAAAAAAAAGGAAAACAACCUUGAACAUUAUUUUUAUUGUUAUACUUUUUGUUGAUGGCCAUAAGGUCCUGUUGUUGUUAUAUAAUAGAAAGGAAAUGCUGUCUUUCAUUCUCGUUUGUUGAAUUUUACUCCUCAGAAACUGAACAAUGUCUCUUGUUUUGCGAUACAUUUGUGUUUUAUGGAGAUAAAGAAACAAUAAGGCACUAUGUAUUCUUUCAAAAGAAACAUUUUUAGCAAUAGAACAAGUUGGGAGAAAAAAAUGUACAAACAUUGAGUGUUUUAAUAAUAAAAAAAUGUAAUUAUUCAUCA